AUGGAAAACUGGGUGGGACGAAUUACACGUUGUCCGAGUGUUGCCGCAGUGUGUGCCUCGAUAAAUCCCGAGGCCACUAAAUAUUUUUCCCGUUACAGUAUAAACAUAGAAUUAGCAAAUGAUAUUAUCGAAAAGAUUUGCAGGAUGGUUUUGGAGUUGAUGGUGCAGCGAUGCACUGCCGAAAGUCUUGAAAAGAUUAUUAGAGAGGAAGUGAUGCCCGUAGAAAACGCGUUGAAAAAAUUUAAAUAUCACAAAGCCCUCCAAAAUUUACUUUUGUUACUACUUGUUCUGGUUAACGAGAGUGACGAUGACCCUCAAGAAAAAAACUGCAAACCUGGCACAGUGGUCGACAUUGGAAUUGUUGUGCCACAAUAUUUUAUCUUAUUUUUGAAAAGUCACGUGGGCCCUUUGGGAACAGCUCGCUCUACAUUUUAUCAUAUUAUCUAUAAUGGGAACAGUUUUAAGGCAAACGAUAUGUGCAAUAUUUUAUCUGUAAAGUGCAAUCUCUCAAUAAGCCAUGUUACUCCGGUUCAUUACGUGUGCCAUAUCAUGAAACAAGCGAAACACUUUAUCCAAUACGAAGAAUACCUAACACUAAGCACCAGAGGCGGGCGCAGUGGUCGUGGAGGCCGCGACACACGUGGAGGUCAUUGUUGCGGUAGAGGUCACGGUCAGAAUAUCCCAAUGAGAGUUAAAAACGGAAGAGCGCUGAUAAUCAAGACGCUAUAA